GCCAGAAGGCGGGGCGCCGAAGAGGCGGGCGGAGGCUCGAGGCUGCCUGCUGCCUCGACGGCGUUUCCCUCGUUCCUUCUUCCUUCUCUCUCUCUCUGUCUGGCCGGGGAUGGGCUCCCCCGAGGUGUCCCGUCUCCGCUCGCUCUUCCUGGCUUGCGACGUGAACGGCUCGGGCCGCAUCGAGCGCGACGACUUCGGCUCCUUGUGCGCCGAGCUGCGGGUCCGCCCCGAGGAGGCCGAGGCCAUCUUCCAGCGCCUGGACUCGGACCGCGACGGCGCCAUCACCUUCCAGGAGUUCGCCCAAGGCUUCCGCGGGGCCCUGCCUGCCUCCUCGCCCCUUCUCCCUCGUCGGAAAGGGGCCGGCAUGGAGGAGGAGGACGCUUCUUCCGAGGCCGCUGUGGCGCCCAGCCCGGCCUGGCGGGAUUUCGAGCUCCGGCUCGGGGAGGAAGCCGACUACAUCCCCAGACAAGAACAGGUCAGUGUUCUGUAUCAGAACAUCAAUAUCGUGGAACCAAGAUUAAUUCAACCGUAUGAGCAUGUUAUUAAGAACUUUAUUCGAGAGAUCAAGCUUCAGAGCACAGAGAUGGAAAACUUAGCCAUAGCUGUGAAAAGAGCACAAGACAAAGCAGCAAUGCAGCUUGGAGAACUAGAAGAAGAAAUGGACCAGCGGAUACAAGCCGCAGAGCAUAAAAUCAAGAAGGAGGAAAAACGGAAAGCAGAAGAGGCUUUGAAUGAUCUGAAGCGACAGUAUGAAGCAGAAGUUGGAGACCUCCAAGUGACGAUAAAAAAGCUAAAAAUGCUUGAAGAACAAUCUAGAAAUAUUAACCACAAAGAAGAUUUGGCAGCCUUAAAGACCAGGAUACAUGAUCUGACCAUGGAAAACCAGAAACUUAAAAAAGACCUUAUGGAAGCACAGACAAAUAUAGCGUUCCUUCAGAGUGAAUUAGAUACUUUGAAAAGUGACAUUGCAGAUCAUAGUUUGAGUUCUGAACGAGACCUAGACAUGAUCAGAGAGUACACAGAAGACAGAGAUAGUUUGGAAAGGCAGAUAAUGAUUUUACAAUCGGCUAAUAGGAAACUGCAUGACAGCAAUGAUGGUUUAAGAAGCGCAUUAGAGAAUAGUUGGAGCAUGUACAACAAAUCACUGCGUCUAACAAAUUCUUCACCAGGGAGCACACUUUCCAGAAGCAGUCCAAAACGCAGUGGCGGACAUUCUCCACAAAUCCCACAUUAUGACGGGUUAUCUCAUUCAUCAUAUGCCGAUGAAGACUAUGAUUCUCUAGCACUUUGUGAUCCUAUGCAGAGGAGAAACUGUGAGGUUGAUAGCCUUCCUGAAAGUUGCUUUGACAGUGGCUUGUCUACUUUGAGGGACUCAAAUGAAUAUGAUUCAGAAGUGGAACUGAAGCAUCCAAGAAUUUCUCAAAGGUCGCAGUGUCUUCAGGAAGGCUCAACUGGUGAUGCUUCUGAUACAGAUGUUCCAGAUAUCCGAGAUGAAGAGGUGUAUAGUCCUGAUGAAGUCAGUACAGUGUUGGAUUGGAAUCCUGACCAUCCAGUAAGUCGAAACAGUUCUGGAGCUUCAACAAGGAAAUGUAUCCCUGCCAUCUCUCCUCAGUCAGAUGCCACGGACAGCAGCUCCAGAUAUCCAAGCUCAGAGAAGGCUUACAAGAUAGUUCUUGCUGGGGAUGCUGCAGUUGGGAAAUCAAGUUUCCUGUUGAGGCUUUGCAAAAAUGAAUUCCGGGGAAACACCAGUGCAACUCUAGGAGUUGACUUUCAAAUGAAGAGGCUCAUCGUUGAUGGGGAACCAACAGUGUUACAACUGUGGGACACUGCAGGACAAGAGAGGUUCCGUAGUAUUGCUAAAUCGUACUUCAGAAGAGCAGAUGGGGUGCUUCUGCUGUAUGACGUUACCUGUGAAAAGAGUUUCCUUAAUGUACGAGAAUGGGUGGAUAUGAUUGCGGAUGCAACACAUGAAAACAUCCCAAUCAUGAUGGUGGGAAAUAAAGCUGAUCUCCGCCAGGUGGUUUCUGAAAAAGGACACAAAUGUGUACCGAUCAACUAUGGAGAAAAAUUGGCCAUGGCUUACAGCGCUUUAUUCUGUGAAACCAGUGCUAAAGAUGGCUCUAAUAUUGUGGAGGCAGUACUUCAUCUGGCUCGAGAAGUGCGAAAAAGAACUGACAACAAAGAGGAUGACAAGACAGUAACUAACCUGACAGGAACAACCCUUAAAAAGUCUAUGUUCACCAAAAACUGCUGCAGUAUAUAAAAAACUAAUCAAUUCUUGGUCUUAGAGAAAAGACAUCUGGCUAUAUUUUUAAAUGAAGGAUUUAGGCAUAAGUUGCACAGGACGACUGGUGGAGCAGAAAAUGGGGACCAGUGCUCUACAGCCACCAAGUUCAUCAAGGAUGAUCAGCAGCAUCAGAUGAUGUGUUGAACAAAACUGUGCCAAUGGGUGUGAGAUGUUUGGGCUCAAAGCAGCAACAACCACAUCUGUAUUUUGGUUUUUGAAUGGAAGCACAUCCAUCAUACCACAUGUGCCUUUUAAAGUCAACUGGCCUAGUAAGAACUUUACAGAGACAUACUUCUUACCAAGAACUAUAUAGUUGAGCUUUGCACAGAGUCCAUGGGUCAUUCUCUGAAUUGCAUCAUGAAAGACUUGUGCUUCUAGUCCUGUAAUUUCAUCAUCAGUCUGAAGUUUGUGAUUGGGUUUGUUUCAAAGGACUUUAGGGAGUUCUGGACAUUUCUAAGCAAUGCUUGUACCAAGAAUGGGAGAAACAUAAUAACACUUGAUGUCAAGGGAACUGAACCAGAAUUAAGAAGAAGAUUUGAUUGUGUCCAAAACUGAAAAAUAACCCUUUGGUUUCAUCUGGAAACUUUGGAAUUAAUUAACAAGUCUACAUUUGCAUCUCUGUGUGAAACUGUAACUCCUUAUCACUGCACUGGAAAGGUUUUGGGCUGUUGUGCUACAGACUGCAGAUAGAACGUUCCACAUUGAUGAGAAAUGCACUACUGUUUGAAAAAAAUGAGGAUGUAUAGAAGAAUGUUUCCCCAGAUAUUUUGUUAUAUAUACACAGAAAGCUAUUAGUAUUAGAAAGCAUAUGAGCAGUGCAAUCUGAAAUAUUAUAGCUCAGUGGUGGUUCUCAUGUUAGUGCAAUAAUGAAUCCAAUCCAGGUUUUAAUCCAGGCUUUAAAGGAGUUUUUAAGAUUCUGAACCUUUUUCUAAAUAGGUUCAGUGUCGUAGGGCCCAUCUACACAGGUCAAAUGAGAUGGUGUGGGGACAAAUGAACUUUUUGGGGCCCAUAUCUGCAUUAAGUGGCCUUGUCCCACAUUUUAAAAAGUGGGAGGAUGCUCUGGAGCUUCUCCAUAGCUUCAGAGUUUACCUGCACUUCGUGGCAGUGUAAACAGUUGGGCCAGCUCUGGCUUGGAGUUGGCUGUGGCUUCACAUGACCAUCCUGCUUUCUCCUGGCUUGGGCAGCCUGUAGACAGAGGAUUAUUCUUACAAUUUCUCUCAUGUCCUCAGCUAAGCGACAACUACCAGAUGCAAUAUUGCUGGUGCUUGUUGCUCAUCACAUUUUCUGAUGCUGGCCGGAGCACCAUAGCAAUCUGAGAAGAUGCCUCCUCCCCUAUCUGGAGCUUCAGUUUAGACACUGCUGGGCUGUGUAGACUCCAGCCAUUCACCAGGCCAGCUUGAUGGUGCACUGUGCAGACUCCUUUGGUGCUGAUCCAGCUAACCAACUCUAGAUCAGCUCUGAGGUGUGUGGCCCAUGUAGAUGGGCCCUUAGACAGCUCCUUCAAAUGUUGUUAAAUCAUGGAUUGGAUUAACCACCCCACAAAUAUGGGAGCAAUCACCCAUCAGUGGUAUAGCUGAGAUGCUGGCUUGUCUUAAAUUAGAACUUAAAUGGCCUCAUGCUACUUCCUGGAAGACUCACUAUUUCCUUCCUGCCACUAGUUUUAUAAAUCAGGGUAAAAGGGAGGAAGAAAAAUAUCCCAUUUUGGACUGUAGCUGUAUAAAACAGGCUUCUGAGUGGUCUAGUCUCAGAAUGCUUCCUGUCACUUUGAAAACUCAAGCCUUUCCUUUUGUCUGAGUUCUAAAUGUGUCCUUGUUAUUUUGAAUCACAAAAGUAUCUGUUUAAAAUUUCCUUCAGAGUAUGAUUUGUGCGGCGUGUACGUUUACUUUACUGAAUAGAAAAUGUCAUUAUUCCAACAGAAUUAUCUUUAUCAUGAAAAGAGAAAGUCUAUGUUGUUAGGUUCCUAGGAAGUUGAGCUUGACUCAUAGAUGCGUUGGCCAGAGAAAAAUUUGGACUCCUUUACAUGUUUUAAAUUUUUUAUUGCAAUUCUAGAUUUGUAUCGUUUUCUUGUGAUUAACUUAUAAAAACUAGUCUGUUUUUAUAGAUGUAAAAGGUUUAUUUUGCUUUUCUGUGCUCAGGAUUAGCAUUGUUCUGAAAUUGGAGCUGAGAGGCCCCAAUUACAGUUCAUAACUGUAGCUGAUUGACUAGAAGAUAAGUCCAUAUUUGCAGGUUUCAAAGAGGACUCUUUUAUUGUAGGAAUGUUAAGACUCAGAAGAUAAACACAUGAAAUGUUCAGUGACUCAAAUUACAUUAAAAAAUCAUUUGGUUAGAUCAUCUUGGGCAUUUAAAAAUGGACUGAGAGCUCUAUACUCUUACUACCAAAUUUGUGCUGUCCUCGCACAUGAUUAUUGUAAAUCAGAAUAUAUUACCAGAUAAGCAGCCUAACCCUAAAACGUAUAUGGGUUUGGGAUGAUGAUUUAACAUUAUUUGCACUUUAAUGUUGUCUGAGUGAACCAUAUGGUUUUCAACCACCUCUUUCUUUCUGGAUGGUCAUUUAUGUCUGAAUUUGGAACCCUAGUUAGUUUAAAUUAUAAUUAGCAAAUAUGCCAGAACUAUCAGUUACCAUUUCAUUUUGGGUUUCUUAAACUAACAAAAAUAUAAAGCAACCAGAAUUCCUUUGGAUUCAUCUACAACAAAGAAAGCUCGUUAUUUUUAAAGUUGACGAUUAGCAUUUCUGCACAGGAAUAGAGAGGGGGAAAUGUACAGGCUCAAAGUGGAGGCACGUAAUGCUAAACUUUGAUGUUUUGUCUAAAAUGGCCUGUUUUGUGGGAAUAUGUAACUGGGGAUCUCAAAUUACAUUGGAGACCUUAACAGUGAAUUUUUUUCAAGGCAUUAGUGAGAAAGGAUGCAAGUUAGUAUGAACUAAAAUCAUCCCAAUACAAAUAUAACUUCGUGCAUGAGCUGUCCAUAAGUGAUUUUUAGAUUGUUCUCUAUUUUUUUUUAAAAAAAAUACAUGCAUCCACGAAUAAUCAUUCAGAUAUGUAGGUUACAGCUUCCAGUUUCAUUGUUUUGUUAUUUUGUGAGCUUUUAAAAAUAAAUCUUUAUUGUCUUUUAUCCUUAAACAAGAAGGUUAUUAAAAGUAUAAGACUUUUUAGAAUAAACAAUAUUGGCCUAGGAGAAGAAUAUGAACAAUAACUGCUGCGAGAAGAAAUACAGGAAGGAAAAGAGAGAGGGGGAAAAAAUGUGCUCUUAACAUACCAGUUGCUGAGAUCCGGAGUUCAUUUUUCCAGAUCUUGAAUAUAAUUUUUAAAAGGUUGUUGUCUUUAAAAAAAAUCAGAUUUUAUCACCAAAGGGAGUACUUUUUUUGAAUGGGAUAUAUCAGGCAUCCUCAAUCUGUAGCCCUCCAGCUGUUUGGGCCUCCAACCUCCAGAAACCUUAGCCAGCUUGUUUAAUGGUCAGGAAUUCUGGGAGUUGGAGGCCCAAACAGCUGGAGGGCCACAGGUUGCUGAUGCCUGCGAUACAUAGAGCUUGCAAAAGUUCCUUUAUUGAACAACAAGUUCCUGAUCAGCCUGGCCGAUUAGGCAGGUAUGUUGAAAGAUACUGGAAGCAGUAACCCCAAAAUGCAUUGUUUCCCAAAUAUGUGUAUGCAUCUAGGUUAGUGGUUCUCAACCUGUGGGUCCCCAGAUGUUAUGCCCUUCAAUUCCCAGAAAUCCUAACAUCUGUUAAACUGGCUGGGAUUUCUGGGAGUUAUAGGCCAAAACACCUGGGGACCCACAGGUUGAGAACCACUGAUCUAGGUCUUGGUAUAGUAUAAUUAUAUCAUAGAAACUGCAUUGCAGCAUGGCUCAUGUCAAUCUGGAAUUCUUGUAUUUUAGAGAGGUUCAUUGUAAAAAAAAAAAAAAAACCCAAAAAACCCCACACCAAUAUAUAGGAAAAUGGUAGCAGAGAUGUGUCAACCCACCAAGAAUGUCCAGUUUAAACCAGCAUAAUUGCACUUUUGAUCCCUUUAGAUUCUUUUCAAGUCACUAGCCAUGUUUUGAGAACAUGAGAGCUUCUAGGAAUAUAUGGAGCUUCCCAGCCAUCAAGAACUCCUUGUCCUUUUUAUGGAACGGGAACCCUACGCGUUCUCUGAGGUCUAGUGCUAUCUACAUAUACACUCACAUUGGUAGACUUCUCCAUUUUCAGAAAUUAUAUAUAGGGAUACAGCAUAUGUGUUUAAUCCCAAAUGUAUUUAUGACAGCAUGCGUGAUCAAUGGCUUUCAGUCAGAUUUAUGAAAAUAAUUCCCAGCAGGUUUCUAGAGUACGUAAUUUGUAGAUCUAGCUGCAAAAGUAGUAUUUCUUAUUUAUUGACUUUCCAUGUUGCCUUAUACAUAUAUAUUUAUUAUAAAAGAGAAAAUCUUUGUAUAUAUUUGUUUCUGGUGAAUUCUGUACAUAAGAUUUAUUUUUAUGCAUUACGCAGUAGCGAGUACUGUUGUUUCUUCUUUACUGCUUUGACUUGUUUUAAAGCUUGCUAUAUAUCAUGUUUUUAAGGCAGUAGUUGUUGUAGUUAGUCUCUGAAAAGUUAGAUCUACCAAGUGCUUUUGUUAUUUAACAGAUGCAGAGAGAUUGUGUGCCAAAAUGUGUGAUGCUAAAAUGUCUUAGAAUAAAAAUGAUAUAUAACACGUGAA